AUAUGGGCAGGGAAAUUCAUGUGAUAUAAUGCCCUCGGACGUUCUCCUUCCUCUUUUGCUCCCAACUAGACAGAACUGAGUCCUCGGCAUGUCAAGUUAGUUACACACAAUCCAUAACGACUUAGGAAGGCCAACACACCACGAGAAACAAAUAACCAUGAGGCCAAGCCCCGGGACACUGUGGUCGCUCCUGCUAGGACUUGCCACAGUUGGCAGCCAGGCCUCCGACUCUCUGACCGUCACGGCGUCCACGGGGAUAUACACGGGCCUCAUAGAGCCCGCCUUCCCCAACGUCAGGGCCUUUCGCAACAUUCCAUUCGCGGAGCCCCCCGUGGGUAAGCUCCGCUGGAAGCCGCCCGUCGCGCUCCCGGCCUCGCGAAGACGCCACUACAGCUAUCGGUACCCGGCCAACUGUCCGCAGUACCUGCCCACGACGCUCUCGCUCUGGAGCACCAACCUGACGGACUACGGCAUCGACACGGACGGGCAGUCGCGUUAUGCCGGCACGGUCGCGCAGACGUCGGCGGAGGACUGUCUAGGUCUUGCGAUAUGGACUCCGCUAGGCGCUGCUGCUUCUUCUUCUUCCGCAGGCGCCUCCGGUAAGUCACUCCUCCCCGUGGCAUUCUUCAUCCACGGCGGUGCCUUUGUGCAGGGCGGCGUGGAUUCGCCGUACCUGAAGCCGCAGCAGUGGGUGAGCCGGAGCCAGCAGCACAUCGUGGUGUCGGUGAACUGGCGGGUGAACAUCUUCGGGUUCCCGAACGCGGCGGGGCUCUCGGAGCAGAACCUGGGGUUCCUGGACGCGCGGCUGGCGCUCGAGUGGGUGUACGCCAACAUCGCGGCGUUCGGGGGCGACCCGGCGCGCAUCACGCUCUGGGGCCAGUCCGCGGGCGCCGUGGCGGCCGACAUCCUCGGGUUCGCGUACCCGGACGACCCGCUGGCGUCGGCCCUGUUCCUGCAGUCCGGCAACGCGCUGCGGCAGUUCCCGCGCGGCGACAACGCCCUGCAGACCAACUUCACCUUCGUGGCCAGGAGCCUGGGGUGCGACUUCCCGGCGGACCAGUCGGACGCGGAGCUCGAGUGCAUGCAGCAGGUGCCGGCGAACCUGAUCAGCAACUUCGUGGGCCAGUACGGCGACAACGGGACGGAGCCGGCGCUCCUCUUCCGGCCGACGGUGGACGAGCGGACCGUGUUCGCCAACUACACGACGCAGGCCAAGGCGGGCAAGAUCGCCCGGAUCCCGGCCCUGCUCAGCACGACGGCCAACGAGGACGCCUCGCUGACGACGUACCCGGCCGGGGACCUGGUCGCGGGGCCGGACCAGGCCACGACGAACCGGCUGACGCUGUUCCAGUUCGUGUGCCCGGCCUUCUACGGCAAGAACGUGCGCGUCUACAACAACCUCACCACGUACCGCUACCAGUACGCGGGCAACUUCAGCAACGUCUCGCCGUACCAGUGGCUGGGCGCCUACCACGCGUCCGACAUCCCGCCCGUGUUCGGCACGUACGACCUGCACGGGGGCUCGACGGAGCUGGAGGCGCGGGUGUCGCAGAGGAUGCAGGACUACGUCCUCGCGUUCCUCAAGGAUGCCGAGAACGGGCUGGAGCGGCUGGGCUGGGCGCCGGACAAUCUGGUCCUAAAGGGUACCAUGAAGCGGUUCGCUGCGGGUGGCGUGGUGGAGAAGACGAUCCAGUCCGCAGCCGUGGACGGCGCCUGUACUGGUGCCGUGGCGUAUGAUUGGAAGCCCUCCUGAGCUCGGCUCUGUGGCUCUGUAGAUCAGGAAGAAGAGGACAUCGACUCCCGGUUUAAUGGACCGGGUGUUUGG